GCCAUAGGAACCACAAGAGCACCAUGGCUGCCGCCGGCCAGGCAGAAGAGUGUUUAGCGCCGCCGGCGGCAGCCCAGACCAAGUCGCCGGCGCUUUCGCUACAGCCUCCCGCUUCGAUCCGAGGGAAGCCGAGGAAGUGUGUGGUCUAUCCGCAUCCUCCGAAGAACUCCCGCGUGUCGCGUUCCGUGCUGCGCUGGCUCCAGGGCCUGAACCUCAGCUUCUUCCCCAGGAACAUCAGCAGAGAUUUUUCAAAUGGCUUCCUGAUUGCAGAAAUAUUCUGUAUAUAUUAUCCCUGGGACCUUAAAUUAUCAUACUUUGAAAAUGGAACCUCUUUAAAAGUCAAGUUGGAUAACUGGGCACAAUUAGAGAAGUUUCUGGCAAAAAAGAAACUUAAAUUAUCUAAUGAACUAAUCCAUGGAACAAUUCAUUGUAAACCUGGAGUACCUGAAAUAUUGAUACAGGAAGUUUAUACUUUGCUAACACAUCGAGAAAUUAGAAACAUCCAGGAGGACAUCGUGAAUUUCACAGACUAUAGUUACCAGAUGCGUUUACCUCUGGUUCCCAGGUCUACAGCUUCAAAGUCUAUUAAAGAUAACAUCAGGUUAACGGAAUUAAUAAGCAAUCCCAACACACUCAGCAAUGAACUGAAAGUAGAGUUCCUCUUACUUUUGCAAAUGUUGCAAAGAAAAUUAAGCAGAAAAUUGAAUCCAGGGUGGUUUGAUGUCAAACCUAGUGUGGGAGAAAGUACUCUGGAUCACCUUCCUCCCCGGUGCUCUGGGUGUAGAUAUCCAACAGUUUCAAAGGAGACAGUUGCACCUUCAUUUGUGUCUUCAGUCUCCCAAAGAAACUGAUCACUCAUGGCCUCACUGUGGUAAGCUCCCAAGAUUCCGUGCAACCUAUGGAGAUUGUGGAAAAUAGGAACCAGUCUCUAGUCUGAUUACAAAUAUGAGGAAAGCUCACCUCAAUAACUUCUUGAGGAUGUAUUCUGUCAACAGAAGCCAACAGCACAGGCAUGACUGAGGAAGACGGUUUACUUCAUAAAGGGGACUUGACAGAAGGAAGCAAUGAACUUUUCUAGGAGCUACAGUAGUCCCAGUAGCGGCAGCACUUCCUUAAUCUGCAAUUUCUCAUUACUGUGAUAGGCCGUUCAUGUUAAUUAGUAAGCACUCUUCUUUUCCACCACUUUUGGAGUAUGUAGGAGUUAGUGCUUUUUACAGAUCGAGAUCAGUUUCUUAAACAAAUUGGUAAAGUGAUUUUCCUAGCUUUCUGAAUGGGAUAAUAAGUCAAAUAUCCCUUCCUGUCUUGGCUGAUUGGCUCAGCACUUACUAUUUGGGGAUGAGACUUCUGCUCUUCCUAGCAGGUUUUAAUGGCAGCAUUUAUUAAGCUUCAAUGGCUCGCAAUAUAUAUAUAUAAAUCUAGGUAUAUAUAUAUAUUUAUAUAUAUAAAUCUAGGUAAUGACAUUUCAUCUUAUAGCUCAGGCAUACAGUAUUUAAGCAUGAAAGCACAUAUUUCAAUAAUUUAGAAACAAACAUCUCAAAGAUUUGGCAAAUAAACAUUAAGGGUUCACUAUAAA